GAGACUAAUAGCAAAAAAUCAAACGGCAGAGUCAAGUCGAUUGGUAAUAGAGAGACCCCAGACUGAGAUGCAUCAAUCGGAAAUCAAAAGCAAACGGUAGGAGCAGACCGUCAAGGAUGAAUCGGGAGAGAAUGAUCCUAACGAUGCUGAAACCGGCAUCCAAGAUGCCUUUCGUUAUUCUUGUGCUUGCUUUUGCUGCUGCAGCAGAAUCAUCUCCUCAAAGUCUGGCCUUGCCGGGCUGUCCGGACACAUGUGGCAAUCUGACUCACAUUCCGUUUCCUUUUGGAAUCGGACCCAAUUGCUUCUUAGCUCCCCAGUACGAGAUCGAUUGCCAGCAAACCCGCGGCAUCUAUACUCCAGUGCUUAAGAACCUGAGCGCGGUGGUGCUAGACAUCUCGCUACCACAUAGUUCAUACUCCCCACUGUCCCCAGGCCUCAUUAAGGUCAGCCAGCCGAUAUUUUACUCCCAUCCUAAUUGUACGGCCAAUCAGCAAAACGACCCCCCGGUGGACUUAGUGCACAACAACGGCACUUUCUUUUACUCCCGGCAUCGAAAUUAUUUUGUUGCCAAAGGUUGUGACAGCCUAGCCUUAAUGGUCAGCGCCGAGGCGGUCGUAGGAUGCAAUUGUUCCAGCAAAUCCGAAUCAUCACGGUGCUUUAAUGGUACCACUUGCUGCUUUACUUCAAUCCCCAAUCAAAUCACCAGCUACAGUGUAGAAUUCCAGACUCCCUAUGGCAGAGCCAUAGCGACAAGGGGUGCAGGAUGCAGUUACGCCUUCUUAGUCGAGGAAGCAUGGUGGUUUAACACAGAUUUCUACAGUUUACUACCCUCGGCCGUUCCGGUGGUGCUCGAAUGGGGGAUCAACUCCGAUGAUUUUGAGCUGCUGAGUAAUAGAAACCACACAGGAAACUCCGGCGGCUGCUUUUGGGACUUGUCGCCUAUGACAGUAUAUUGUUCUUGCAAUGAAGGCUACAAAGGGAAUUAUUAUCUUCCUGAUGGAUGCCAAGAUGUCGAUGAGUGCAAAGAAGAUCCGUACAUCAAUUGCCGAGGGAAGUGUGUGAAUCGACCGGGGUCAUACACCUGCAUAGACUAUAAGAUCAUCACCAUUAUAGGGGUGAGCACGGGUAUCGGAGCUAUAGCAUUACCUUUGCUUUCUUGGGGGUUAUACAAAUACAUCGUAAGAAGGCGAGUGGCAAAGCUCAAACGACAAUUUUCAAACGUAACGGCGGACUUCUAUUGCAACAACACCUAUCUUCUAUUGAAGACAGUCAUGUGGACAAAGGCA